UAAUUUGAUGCCGGAGCUUCAACCAAGAGAAUUGGAAGAUGGUGGCGAAGAAUUUCCAAGAUCCCGCUUUUGAAUGUCAUUGGAGCAAAAACGUAAGUUCUGCCACGUCUUCAAAAAUGCCAAACUUCCUCAAGGCUAUGCUUCUAACAUUGGUCGAUGUGUACAAGUUGGGGAAAGGAAAAUUGCAGGCUAUAGAAGCCACGAUGCACAUUUUAUGAUGAAUUAUUUGCUCCCAAUUGCAGUGAAGACAGCAUUAUCCAAAGAUGUUGCUACUCCUUUGAUUAGACUUUGUGCUUUUUUUUAAAAGUAUAUGGAGUAAAAAGGUUGAUCCUCAACAUCUUGAAAAAUUGCAAUCUGAGUUAGUUGAAACAUUAUGCCUACUUGAGAGGAUUUUUCCACCUGCCUUUUUUGAUAUAAUGGUACAUCUACCUCUACACUUGGUGGGCCAAAUUAAAUUGGGUGGACCUGUAAGUUCAAGGUGUAUGUAUGGGAUUGAGAGGUAUCUUCAUGGACAAAAGCAAGAUGUUCGAAAUAAAGCUCGUCCAGAAGGCUCAAUGGCAGAAGGAUAUCUAGCCAAAGAAUGUGUUGCCUUUGUAGCUAGAUUUUUGAAUGGAUCAAACUCGGCCACACCUCAAGUUAAUGCUUGUAGUACAUCACAAUCAUUUCUUCCUAAGGUAGGACGUCCAAUAAAAGGGAAAGGAAGGACAUCAAAGAAAAAAGACCGUGAACACAUACUUGAUCACAAUCAAUGGGUACAAGUGCAUCAUUAUGUCUUGUUCAAUUGUGACUGCGAGGAAGUUGAGAAAUAUAUAAGUGAGCACAAGGAAUUUGUAAGCGCUAGAGGAAAAAGAAAAUGGAAUAACGUUCAAGAUCACAGCAAGGAUUUUGUGGAUUGGUUUAGGGAGAAAGUUGAUUUCAUUGUUGAAGAGGGUCAAGAGAUCAUCUUUAACAAUAUCAUAUGGUUAUCAAAAGGGCCUUCUUACAUUGCUAAAAAGUAUACAGGGUACUCAGUCAAUGCUUUGCGAGUUCCAAAGAUCAAAAUCCUGUUGAGGCUAAUGUCAAUUAUUAUGGUUCAAUAA